AUGACUACCAACGAAAAAAUUAUUGAUAAGUGGAUAGUUGCUAAAGACGGUACCGAAAUAUAUACAAAAACUUGGAAGGCGGUUUCCGAGCCACCAAUUGCUACCGUAGUGUUUCUCCACGGUUUUGCUGAGCACAUUAAUCGAUAUGAUUAUGUGUUCGAAAAAUUUUCCAAAGAGAACAUUGAAGUUUAUGCCUUUGAUCAACGUGGUUUUGGUCAAACCGCCAUAAAGAAUAAUAAUCCUGGGGUCACUAGUCGUUGGAAGGUUGUCACCAAUGAUAUCACCGAAGCUCUUAUAGCCCAAAGAAGACCGGGAGUUCCUCAAUUUCUAAUGGGUCACAGUAUGCGGUUAAUUGUAGUUAUGUCACAGGGUGGCGGCUUGGCUCUGAAUUAUGCUUGUGACGGUCCGGAAAAAAACAAUUUGACAGGUUUCAUUAUUUCCUCUCCGCUAAUUCAACAACCCGUGCAAAAUCGAGUAAAUCAUAAUUUGGUAACAAUCGGCAACAUCGUUAGCAAACUGUUACCAAGCCUAACCAUAUCUAUCCCCUUGGAUCCAAAAACCACGAGUCACGACCCAGAAGAAGUCAAAAAAUACUCGGAGGACCCGUUGAUCCUUAGGGCCAGCACCUUAAGAGGAAUUGGAGAAAUGCUAAGUGGUGCAAAAUUAAUCUUGGACAAGAAAUACAAAUCCAUAACUUCGCCAAUUUACAUUUGUCACGGUUCAGCUGAUCUGAUAACUUGUCCAAAAUCGUCGAAGGAACUAUAUGAUAAAAUUUCAUCAAAAGAUAAAACCUAUCGCGAAUGGGAAGGGCUUUAUCAUGAAAUGCACAAUGAGAUUGAAAAAGACAAAGUGAUUGACGACUAUAUUCAGUGGUUAGUUACUCGUGCGAAUAAAAGUCCAAACGUUGAUGACAAUAAAAAUUCUACCCCUUACACGGUCAACACCAAUAAUAAUAAUACCCUAGAAGCUUCAUCGACCAUGAAGGUAGAAAUGGGAAUCAAUACGACCUUACCAGUCGACCACAUUUCGGAAACUGACAUUUACACAAUUACCAUCUUUACCUUUUCCACCUUGCUCAGAUGGUUCUUUUUCCUGGUCUCCUUUGUUACCAUCACUCUCUCGACCUGGAUCAUUAAAUUAUUGUCCUGGUCAUUUACUCUUCAACUCAACUUUGUCACCUUGCUCGUGUUCUUUGGUCUAUGUUCCACCAUAGGAUACAUCGUUAUUCGUUACCGAAUCCUCACAAAGUAUUCGCGUCUUCCAAAAGAAUCGCUCCAGGCACAAGGUGCUACUUUCGAUCUGCAACCAAAUGCCUCCGGUGAAAAUGAAAAGUCUCAAACCCUUUACACUGACGAAUUGUUGAGUGCCUUUUUCGAGGGUAUAAAGGUUUUUGGUUAUUUGGAAAAGCCGAUCUUUCACGAACUAAAGAGACAGUUGCAAACAAGGAAGUUGUCGGCCGGCGAAACCCUGAUUUUAGAGAAAGAGAGAUCUUUCUACAUCGUGGUUGAAGGUCAUGUUAAGGUGUUUGUGAAGACGGCAAAUGAAAAAGGCAUUGUGAUCGAUCCAUUUGAAAACAACAAUCACGGCUACCAACUGUUGAAUGAGGUCACAGACGGGGGCACCUUAUCAAGCUUAUUCACAAUUCUCUCUUUGUUCACCGAAGAUAUUGAACUUCGUUACGAUGACAGUUACGACAAUAACCUUGCUGAUAGAAUAAAAAUUGAUGGCGACACCUUGGUUCAAGAGAGUACGGCAAAGGAAGAGGUGGAUUCGGAUUCCAAGGUUAAAGAGGAUAAUAAAUCGGAUAAUAAAUCGGAUGAUGCGGAGAAAACUCAAAAGUCUUUCGGUCAAAUCAGUCCGCAAAUCUUGAAACUCCUUUCUAAGGAGUCAUGGCUCACCACAUCCGUUCAACCAAAUAUCAUCGCGAGGGCAACUGUGGACACCACUUUGGCUUUUAUUCCUGCCGAAGCAUUUCAUCGACUGACCGAAAAAUUUCCCAAUUCCGCUGCUCACAUUGUUCAAGUAAUUCUGACGCGGUUUCAGCGCGUUACGUUUUGGACCGGGUAUAAAUAUCUGGGACUAACGAAAGAUCUCUUGAGGACAGAAAAGUUAAUGAACGAGAUCGCGAGCCACGGUCUUCCUAGCGAUUUUUUUAGGCCCGGUAUCAUGGAACGUCUUCGUAUGAAGCAUGUGGGUAGCAACAAGAAAUACAUUAAGGACAAUCGCAAUGAAGACAUGGAAAUGAGCGAUAGCGGCUUGAUUAACAAGGUUAAAAAAACAAGGCCGUUCGCUAGGCCUCAGGUCAUAUACGAAAGCGAUGAAAACAACGAGAACAUCCCUCUGACAAAUAAAGAUAAUGGUCGUUCAUAUUCCAACUCAAAAUACCUCGUCGCUCCUACUCGCGUACAGCCCACGAGCGGUCCUCAGGUUGGUGGGCGUGACUAUGAUGCCGGAGACGAAAUGUAUCUCAAGGAGUCCGUCCUUGAAGGUAUCUCUAAAGGAAUUGGCCUUUUACAAACAAAUCACAAAGAGAAGAUCAAUUCGUUUGAUCAAAAAUCUCGACCGAGUUCCGUGGAAUCGAAUAACUCGCCGUUUACCAAGUAUUCCACGAGUAGUGCUCACAGUAGUACGACCGCGUUAGACAUCCCUGAUGACGACUCGGUCGCAGAAACCGUACCUUCUCUGACCAGUGAAUUGGACAAUGACGUGGAAAUUUUGUAUUAUCCCAAAGGUUCUGUUAUCGUUACUGAAGGCGAACGGGAUGUGGGGUUGUUUUUUGUGAUCGAUGGUCUCCUGGAUGUGUCUGUUACUUCGAAUGACAAAGAUUUUCUCGGGAGUUCUUUUUCACAUUUGGAUACCAGCGGAUCGAUUCCGAGUAGUCCGAUCAAACCUAUGCAUAAAAAGAAAGAGUCAAUCUCAUUUAAUUCUUCAAACAGAUCGAGGGAUCGUAGUUUGUUCAUGAUCAAACCUGGUGGAAUCGCCGGAUACCUAGCUGCAUUGACCGGAUUCCCAUCCUUUGUCAGCAUUCGGGCUAGCACGGAUACUUAUGUUGGAUUCUUGCCAAAGAAUUCGUUGAAUCGCAUAAUGGAAAGGAAUCCCAUCGUACUCCUUACUUUGGCCAAGCGAUUGACAAGACUUUUGUCCCCAUUAGUCCUCCACAUCGAUUAUGCCCUCGACUGGGUGCAUGUAAAUGCUGGACAAGUUUUAUAUCGUGAAGGAGAUUUAAGCGAUUCGAUCUAUAUCGUGUUGAACGGUCGUGUGCGUACCAUCAAUGAACAACAAAACGGAGUAAUUGAUAUUUUGGGAGAAUACGGUCAAGGUCAAAGUGUGGGGGAGUUGGAGGUUAUGACGGGAACGCCUCGUCCACAUACAUUACACGCGAUUCGUGACACAGAAUUAGCCAGAAUGCCAAGAACCCUAUUCAACGCACUCGCCCUUCGUCAUCCUGAAAUUACUUUGCAGAUUUCACGCAUUAUCGCGUCAAGGACACGUUCACAACAGGAUCAAGAUUAUAAUCACAAGAAUGCAGGAGCCGAGUUUGGUAAAAACAACAAAAACCUUAAAACCGUUGGUAUAUUGCCCGUCAGUGGAAAUGUGCCCGUUGGAGAGUUUGCGAAAAAACUGAAGGUUGCCCUAGAAAGAUCCGGGGAGACUGCAACACUCUUAAAUCAAGCUUCCGUGGUGGCGGUGUUGGGUAAACACGCAUUCACACAGAUGGGUCGAUUGAAGCUCAUUAGUUGGUUGGCUGAACAAGAAGAGAAAUCUCGAAUCGUGCUAUACUUGGCUGACGGCGGGCUUAAUUCAUCUUGGACUCAAAAUUGCAUUCGCCAGGCUGAUUGUAUUUUCUUGGUCGGGUUAGGCGACGGGGAUGCGACCAUUGGGGAAUACGAAAGCCUUUUGAUCGGCACAAAAACAACCGCACGAAAAGAACUCGUACUGCUUCAUCCCGAGAGGUAUUGUUCAUCCGGAACUACUCGUCAGUGGUUAAAGAAUCGUCACUGGAUUCACGCACACCAUCACGUUCAGAUGACCAUAAAAAAGCCAACAAUGUUAGAAGAGUCUCGAAAAAACACCUUGAUGACACUCAGGGAUCAAAUACGACAAUUUUAUACUCGAAAAAGGUCACCGGCAAUAUAUACUGGUAAUCGCAGCGAUUUCUCAAGACUCGCACGUCGUCUUUGUGGAAAAUCCGUUGGUUUAGUCUUGGGUGGAGGCGGUGCACGAGGCAUAUCGCACAUAGGGGUCAUCAAGGCGUUGGAUGAAGCUGGUAUUCCAAUAGACAUGGUCGGAGGUACAAGCAUCGGAUCUCUCAUAGGCGGGCUUUAUGCACGUGAUUCUGAUAAUGUCGCAAUUCUCGGACGUGCCAAAGCGUUUGCAGCAAGGAUGAGCAGUAAAUGGAGACAAAUCUUUGAUCUGACAUAUCCGGUGACAGCGUGGUUUACGGGUCACGGAUUUAACAGAGGCAUUUGGAAAAUAUUUUUGGAUACACAAAUUGAAGACUUCUGGCUAUCAUACUUUUGCGUUACCACCAAUAUCACGUGGUCACGUAUGGAAGUACACAAGUGGGGAUAUGCGUGGAGAUAUAUCCGGGCGUCCAUGUCAUUAUCGGCUUUCUUGCCACCACUCUGCGACAACGGUCAUUUGCUUGUCGACGGCGGAUAUAUGGAUAAUUUACCAGUUGGCGUGAUGAAAUCUAUGGGGGCCGAUACAAUAUUUGCGGUAGAUGUUGCAAGUAACGAUGACACAUCACCAGUAUAUUAUGGGGAUUCUAUUUCAGGAUGGUGGGUAUUAUUAACUAGAUGGAAUCCCUUCAAUCGAGCUGCCAAAAUACCAACGAUAGCCGACAUACAAUCAAGGUUAGCCUAUGUGUCAAGUGUUAAAACGUUGGAAGAAGCGAAGUUAAUACCAGGAUGUUUGUAUAUGAAAUUGCCAGUACAACAAUAUGGCACAUUAGAGUUUAAUAAGUUUGAUGAGAUAUUUGAAGUUGGGUACAAAGCUGGUAAAGAGAUGCUGAAAAAAUUCAAGGAGGAGGGAAAACUCGGAAAUUUGUUAGAUCAGGGUCAUGAUAAUGUUAAGAGAAAUAGAGUUCGUAGAAGAAAUAGUGUAUAA